UCAGCCUCUGUUAGACGCUGUACAUAAGCGCAAACGUCGAUAUGUCGUUCUUUUUUGUGUCAUCAUUAUAACUAAAGCUUUCGCACCGUUGUGUUCUCCGUAAAAUGAGCCGCUUUCGGUACUCGGUACUACUCAUUUCCCUGCUCGUUUAUACAGUUGACUGUGAUAGCGCAGUAUCAGGGAUAGACAACGCAUCUUCCGCCCUCGGUACCACGCAGAACACGGACAUUAGUAAAAGAACUUGCUCUAAGGAUCAGUAAACUCGACCCAGAGAACGUUUGAAGUCCCUUACAGGAGCAUGCAAAUUGAAGCCUUCAACACCACAUCCGAUAGGACACCGCUCUUCCACGCACCGUUGGCACGUCUGUUACGCCAUUAUUACGAUUCCGCUGCAGUGAGCGUCGAGCCAAAUACUGGUUGCCUGUUUGUUACUGUAAAACUCUCUAAACCGUACAAUGACAAAGAAGAACCUGUGCGAGAUUACGUUUCAAAUGAAAUUUCGUCCAGAGUGGGCCUUUUCUCCAAGAUCUAUCCGUUGAAGCUUAAAUUUUUCCUGGUGGGGUACACGGCUUACGGCUCCAAGCAAACAAUUACAACCACCGGAUGGCAGCCCAUGACCAGCUAUUCACAGUCGGUUACCCUCACAAUGAAUAUGUCUUGUCCAGGGGACGUGGCAUGGAACGAAACGCUGUCCGCGUUGCAAAACGACCCUGCGAAUUUUGCAUCGCGUCUGUUUCUUGCCUUCGCACAAACCGCCCCGACAGUUCGCUCAGCACCGAUGUGCAUCGAUACAAAACAUCUCCCGUACGACGCGAUUAUCAACGCCUCUAUGGAACGCCUUUCAACCGGACAGAACUACGUGUACAUGCAACCCAGUGAUUACACCAAUUUCACGAAAACCCUCGUUGCAAUAGCCGUUGAGAAGAUGCUGGACAAAAACGAGUUCGUCGACGAAGACGAAAUGGACAAAUUGGUCAGCGAAGUGUCGGUCCUUUUUCCGUUUAGCACCACCACAAGCGACAACUUCACGGCGGAGAUGUGGGCGGCAACGAUUUCGGCGACCGAGCGGGCAGAUAUAAAGUUGCGCCGAUUGGAUGACGUUCUCAGCAGAUACCGUACUUGGGUGAGCCUGAUGGCUGCAGGUGGAAAAUGGGCUCACUCUCUCGCACCAGAUCUGUUAUGGCGUGCCUUUACAGAGGUGAGGCAGGACAGCAGAAUGGAUGUCAUCGACGGAAAAGCUGUACUGAAAGCGCUGCCCAUGUAUCGGGUGAAUUUGGAAGUGCUCCGUCUAAAUGCGCCGGUAUGCAUCGGGAAUGUUUCAUUCACGCGCAUUAGUGCCGAAUAUACUGGUACGGCACCAGCGAAUGUCGAUGAAAUCGUGUUGGAUGAUGGAAACACUCUGAAAUGCUCUAAUGGGAACGAAUGGAUUGUUGCGGAUUUGAACAAUUUCCGUUGCAGUACGUUCAAAACAAAUUCGACCACCACUUUGUGAUAAUUUCAAUGCUUUCGCACAUCUGUGUUGGCUAGUCUCACCUCUUUGUGACAAGUUCAUGGAGUUAGUCAUUUACGAAUAAAAAU